AAGACGAGGUGGACAGGAUCCAUCGUGAGAUCCAUCCGUUAAUAUGCCCUGGUCACCGACUCGCCUUCUUCCCAUGAUGGAACACCCGCAAGCCCCGCUGCCUACUCCAGAUAGGCCUCAAUUAGCCUUUGGCACUUGUCGACGUGUUCGAUCGCGAGCUCACCUGGGCGGCGGGUACCAAUUGACCCCUUGGUGGUCUUGAUGCCCAACCAGCCGACUGCCAUCUCCGUAUUUGCCUCCAACCGCACCGCCCUUUGCUCACUUAUCACGUCCGGUAACGCAAAAGAACGCUCUGGAGGGGGCGACUACCGAACCUUCAAGACGAAGAAGAAGGAAACGAUCCAGCCAGACCAAGAUCAGCCAGUGCAGUCGUCGCCAUCAGUAGGCGACCAUCAGCCCAUUGCAGGAGAAUGGGAGACGAAAGCCUCACCCGAUGUGACUGGCGGAAAGCGGCCCCCCACGACACCAUCAGCAAUAGCUUCGAGAGACUACUUUUGGGCUACGAGCGGCCCGACGAGUGCGGGAACUGCUGCGGAAGGGGACCAUCGCCACGCCUACCACCGGUUCAUUGGUUUGGCAGCUGUAUGGACCGCGCAUAAUCGCGCCCAGCCUGCUCCUGAGUGAGAGUCUGCUGCAUCUGGAGAAUGGCUUCGUCCCUCGGCUGCUCCUUGGAUGCGGAUAUACAGUCUUACACUCCCUUCUUCUUCUCCUUCCCCUCCGCAUUCGCUGCACGAUGCCACUCUCUGCAUAUGCGCCCCCGGCGUUGUCCUCUCGGAUUCACCACGGAACCUCCUUCAACCCAGGCGAGCUGCCAGCUACCUUACACCGUCAGUGACCCCCGUCCAUCUUGCCCAUCAUCUCAUCCAUAGCACCCCCAAGGGAUGUUGAGGUUAAAUAUGUCUCGUGGACCUUUGACGUCUUAUCUGCUACGCAGGUUGUUCUUCUUUCUCUGCUUCCACGUUCACCAUGUCCCAAGCUAUUUUUUUCGUACGAUUCCGGUCUCCCUCUAUUGUGAUACUUUGAUCAUUACUUUACCAUUCAUAUCUUCUAUUGUUCGACUCAACAUCACCGGCUAUCUUUCCCCGGAUACUGAAUGUAUAUCCCCCAACCCCUUAAUGGCCGAGUGCCGAGAAGCUUCGGUCUCGAGACAGAGCCUCGUUCCCCCGAUUUCGAGGUGGCAGCGCGUGUAGGCAAACACUACAAUACCGUCACAAAGAGACAGGUCUCGAUAUCAGGUGGACAGACCACCAACCUGACCGUUGGUGUCACGGUCGGGGUGGCCAUCCUCGUAUUCAUUCUGGGCGCUGGAGCCUUUCUCUACUAUUACCGAGUGUCUCUCAAAAAGAUCAGUCGCCGUCGGCAUCGUCGUCGCCGGCGCCACCACUCCCACAAGUCUUACAGCUCAAGGAGCUCAAAGAGCUCGGCCGACGACGGCCCCGCCUCUCAUCCACCGCCACGAGGGCCGCCCUCCGCGCCACGCUCUACCGCUCCGUCCGCCACGCCUGCUGAUCCCCCUGCCGACGCGCCGGCCGAUGCUCCAGCCGACCCUCCCGCCGACCCUCCAGCUGAUGCCCCAGCUGAGAAGUAGUAUUGGGUGGGUGCUACACUCUCACCCCCAGGUGAGACUCAAAAUAUUAGGGAGAGGGCUUGUGAGAGAAAGUCUCAGGUACGUUUAUUCCUUCUCUGUAAGGCAUCAAAAGACUAACAUGGAAGAAGGAUUACAUGGCCUGACGUGACUUGUAUUAUGCAGAAUUUGACAUUUGUCCGGAGCGGGAGUUGGUGGACGGAAUUCCAAGGCGAACCCAGGCGCCACUACCUUUCCUACUGAACCCAGUAGUGUUGUACGUUUGCGCCAUGUAUAAUCUUGAAUUGAUGUUGUUUUGUUCUUUGUCUAAAGCAGCUCGAUUUAU